UCCCGUUGUUUACAUGGAAGUCCACCCUGUCAGGACAGGCUACGAUAGCAAGAUCCCAAGGCCACAGAAAUGAAAUUAUUAAAUUGUAUACAUAGGUAACAAUUUGCCGAUUAUAGCUACAUAUAUCUCACGUUUACUAAGGUUAAUUUCAACGUUAUCUCCCGAAAAGACGACCACAAUGAACCGUUUUAAUUCCAGCUUCUCCGUUAGCGAAUACCUCGCGGAAAGCAAUGCUUUGUUCUAUCUGAGCGAUGCAGUGACCCAGCUGCUGGAACAUAAAGACGAAUACACCCAGUUUGGGGUGAUCCGCUACUUUGCUGAGUAUUUCAGCAGUGUGAAGAACAGUAACCAUGUCCUCUUCAGAGAGUAUAACUACAUCAGAGCCACACCUCAUAACAGAGCCUCCUUUGUCAGAGUCUUCUGGAGAUGCUACAGACAGAUUGGCAAGAUUGGAGACUUACUGUCUUUGCUCGAGUACAGGUCUCUGCUGCAUUUAUUGUGUCCAGACUUCCCAGUGGAGAUGGUACAGAGUGCAGCCAGAAUUGUUCUGAUGGAUGACGCCAUAGAUUGUUUGAUGUCUUUCUCUGACUUCCUUUAUGCCUUCCAGCUGCAAUUCUACUACCAAGAGUUCCUGGACAGCGUGCUGAUGAUAUACCAGGAUCUGUUAGCAGGGAAGAGUCCUAACACUGUUAUUGUUCCCACCUCCACUUCUAUCGAGCAACUCCCCUCUGUGACUGCAGAGGAGAAGGACAAGGAGUGGCAGCAGCAGGAUGGGGUAGAGCCGUCCACUCUGGCUCAGUGUAUAGACGCCCUCUGUGACAGGUUCAAACACAGUCAUCCUUCCAGGUCCUGUAUGAUGGAAGUACUGGAAAAAACCAACAAAGUCCGUUACUACAGCUUCCUAAUGAGCUUGGCUCAACAUGAGACCGUCAUCCACACUGUUGGAGUGUUACCCAGCAAGGCAGAGUUACUCAUUGACCCAGAGAUGGACCAGGAACUGGACAAACUAAUCGCCCAGAUCUCAGUGAGUCCUGGCAGCAACAGCAGUGGCAGUGCGGUGGGGGGGCUAAAGGAGUUGCAGAGGAAGGCCUCCCCCCGGAGGAACAUCCACCACAGGAGGAAGAUGGAGGUGGAAAGUGAUGGCUCCACAGAAGAGACCGACUCCUCUGAAAACUGACCUCUGACCUUUCACUACACUGUAACACCUUCCAUCUUAAGUCCUAAACACACAGUGGCUGUAUGGUACACAUAGAAACUUUCUUUCCCAUUAUUUUCUGUGUAAACUCACACACUAGUAGUCCGUAUGUGCACAUCAGUGCGUUGGAACACUUCACCCUCCAACAGAAUUUGGCUUUUUGCCAAGCAUUGAUAUCCAGAAAAGCAGUGAGGAAUCAAGUGAAAUGACACCCAGAAUAUCCCUGAGUGCAGGGUAGUACUCUAGAUUUAAUGUUGAUGCUACAUAUUGUUCUUUGUAUGCUGUGUGAUCCUGACAAUGUGCAAGUCCCAUGUCUGCACAUGGUCACGUGACACACCAUUACUGUGCAUGUGAGGUUUGUUUUGAAUUUAAUGUAAUCUUUCCAAACAAGAUGUCUAUUCCCAUCAUUAUUGGUUGGUAAUAAUGUUAUUUCUUUUGCUUUUAAUGAGUAAAAUAACCAAAUUGAACAGCAGUAAUAAACUCCAUUUAAAACUCUA